AUGUCCGGAUCAUACUUGGAAACACUGCCUUGUGCCUUGCCCUCUCGACAACCUCUGCCACAAGAUCUGGAGCUCGAGACGAUCCUCACCAGCUUCCAAGAUGUUUUGUCCAGGCUCGAGGUAUCGACUUUUACGGCAGACGCGGUGUGGCGGGAUCUGAUUGCUCUGACUGGGAGCUUCCGCACAUUCUAUGGAGCAAGCAACAUCAUCGAGAUUUGGAAAAGCCUGACUCAGAAUGCACGACCAAAGCACCUCAAAUAUUAUCAAAACAGCGCCCGCGAAGUUCGGCUCGGGGAUGCGCAAUGGAUCGAGGGAGUCUUCACCUUCGAGAUAGAUGAGACGCCAGCCAGACUUUGCAAGGCUAUCCUAUCUUUAGUCCCAACUCAGGACGGAAAAUGGCAGAUCUGGGUUCUGCGCACGGUAAUAGACAAGCUGCAGAACCAUCCCAGCGUUGACAAACUGGCACCAGCCAGAGCUGUCUCAACAACGCAGAAAGAUUCAGAGGAUUUCGAGUGUGCUGUUAUUGGUGGAGGACAGGCUGGGCUGAGCGUUGCAGGCAGGCUUCAGUCGCAGGGGGUCGACUACAUCCUACUGGAGAAAAAUCCCCAGAUUGGCGACAGUUGGAAGACGAGAUAUAGAUCAACCAAACCCCAUCUCCCCUUCGAUAGAACGUUUCCACCUCAUUACCCGGAAUAUCUUACCAAGGAUGAUCUAGCCCAAGGCUACCGAGAUUGGGCAAAGAAAUUCCGCAUCAAUACUUGGCACUCAACUACGGUCGUAUCUGGACAGUGGCACGAGGAGCUGCAGAAGUGGUCGUUGAAUCUUCUCCGGAAUGGGGAGAGCAAGAACAUUACGGCUACACAUGUAGUGAUGGCUUUGGGUGCUGGCUGUCAGAUUCCUGUUAUGCCCACGUACCCUGGCAUUGAGCGCUUCCAGGGCAAAAUUCUGCAUUCAGCUGAGUACACGUCACCUGCAGGCUGGCAAGGAAAGCAUGGCAUUGUUGUUGGUACUGCGAACACAGCACAUGAUGUGGCCGAAGACAUGGUUGCAGCAGACAUGGCCUCCGUGACCAUGAUCCAACGGUCGCCAACCUAUGUUCUGCCCGCAGAAUAUUACGCGAAGAUCCAACACAAGUCAUACAAUCCAGAGACCCCCACGGAAUGGGCCGAUAUGAUGGGUCUUACGAACCCGCUGGGGGUGGGCAGGCUCGUCACCAUGCGCAUUCUCCAUGCAAUGGCGAAAGCUGAGCCAGAGAGAUUCGACAACCUUGAAAAAGCCGGCUUCAAAACCAUCAGAUACGGUGACCUGAUCUAUCAGGUCAAUGACCGUUUUGGCGGCCAUUAUAUGGAUGUUGGAGCUUCCGCAAAGAUUGCCAAAGGCUUGAUAAAGGUCAAAUCCGAUGCGCUACCUCUGCAAUACACCGAGCACGGAAUCAAGUUCACGGAUGGGACAGAACUCAAAGCAGAUCUGGUCGUGUUUGCUACGGGCUUCGUGGGAAGCAUGAAGGUGGCUAUCCACGACAUACUAGGCUCGGACGUCGCAGAGCGCAUCGAGGAUUUCUGGGGAAUUGAUAAGGAAGGCGAAAUCAAGGGUGCCUUCAGACCCUCAGGCCAUCCGAAUUUGUGGAUGCAUGGAGGCACGUGCAUCCAUGCUCGAUAUAUGUCAAGAUUUGUUGCCUUGCAAGUUCGCGCUGCACUUGAUGGAACGCCGCUUCCUAUUGCUACAGUAUGA